UGAGCAUUUGGGAAGCCAGAAAACAGGAUUUGCUGGGCAAGCUGACUGCGAAUGAUACGACGACGGCUUUUGGAGGUUGCUCUUAGGUGAUUUUCAUCGUUGGAGAACUUGUAUUACACAGAACUCCGUAUUGGGGUAUCCCAUCAGAAAACAACUUCAGAAGAAGCCUUUGGACUUCACCUUUAGAAAGGCAGAUUUCCACUUUAGAGAUCACGUCAUCCUCCUUCCUGUAAAAAUAAUAUGAACCAGAAGGUGUUAGUUUUCCUUCUCCCAAAUUUUAUUUUUGGGAUAUUUCUUUUUGGGUUUUUCUGUAGGAGACAAAAAAACCUAACAGGUGCUUUUCCUGAUCCCACUGCAGAUUGGCUGGCAAUUCAAAAUGAUCGCAAAAGCACGCUGGCUUCUGUCUGCCUGAAGAAUAACUUUCUUAAAUUGAGAAGCAAGUUAGAUUCUCAUGUUGCAAACCAGCUCUUUGUGGAGCACAAACAUAAAUUUAUCUACUGUGAGGUGCCCAAGGUAGGUUGCUCCAAUUGGAAGAGAACUAUUUUUCUUCUCCAAGCAGACCUGAAUGCAGAAGCUUCUGAAAUUGAGCAUGAUCACAUCCACCAAACCUCGCUGAUCAAAAAGCUGGGGACUUACCCUCCUGCCAUACAAAAGGAAUUUCUGAAUAAUUACACCAAAGUGAUGUUCACCAGACAUCCUUUGGAACGGCUGGUUUCAGCUUACAGAGACAAACUUCUGCACUCUGAGCCGUUCUACAGUAUCACUGUUGCUAAUGAGAUUAAGGCAAUGUUCAGGAAAAACAAAAAUUCUUCUGAAAAAGUGAGUUUUCAGGAGUUUGUCAACUUCAUUAUAGCAAAACCGCCUAAUAGUCUUGACAUUCACUGGAAACCAAUGUUUUUGCUCUGUGAUCCUUGCAACAUUCACUAUGAUAUUUUGGGUAAGUAUGAAACCCUUGGGUUAGAUUCUGAGCAUGUUCUGAAAGUCAUUGGAGCACCAGAGAGCCUGCACUACCCCAGCUUGAAGAGGUAUGGCUCAGAGAAACGAACUAACGGUGAUAUCACCUUGGAAUAUCUCAGACAGCUGAACUCAGAACAAAUCAAGAAAAUAAAAAAAUUGUAUCAAAUGGAUUUUUUCUUGUUCAACUAUACUAUGAAAUAUGAGGAUUAUUUUUCUCUGAAUGACUAAUGGAGGUUAAACAAAGAACAGUUUCCUUUGUACAAAAUGGGCUGAACCUGUCCUUAUGGGUGCUUGAUAGAUGGGUUGGUGACUGACUGCUGCUGAGAUUUUACUGGUGUUUGGAGACAUUGUUUAUCAUCCUAAGCACUCUUAUAGCAAAUCCCUGGUGUGAUCUGUUGUACUGUGCAGUAUUUUACCUGUAUGAAAUUAUUGUCCUCCUGUUGAUCCUUAA